CUUACCUUAUCAGAAAAGCCUGUCAUCUGCCAGCGGAUAUGGGAGCACAAGCCUGGGGUGCUGUGAACCCCAACAAUUCACUUGGUUUCGGUCACUCACUCGUGAGCACCUAGACAGGAGCAGAUGGUAAGCGCUCACCUAUCACCGCUUGCUCCUACCUGAGGGAAUUGAUCGCCAUUUCCCGGGCUGUAGGUCUCUGGUGGCUAUAAAGCGUGAUAACCUCUGCGACUCCUUCCACACACUUCAUUCAACCUCCUCCACUCCAUUAGCUAGCAGGUACCUAACCAAGCAAUAGAAACCUCAACACCAGCAGCAUGAUCUCUCUCACCACCUUCCUCACCAGCACUCUAGCCCUCUUUGGCGUUGUUGUCCACACCGGCUUCGGCCCCGACGGCAAAGCCAUGGUCGAUCUCGCCUUUGACCUCCCCAUUAACCCGGCCGAGCCGAACAGCGCAAAGAUUAGCGUUACCGGCACCAUCGAGCAGGCCGUUGCGAAGAUGGAGGGGGAGUACCCCGGCUGGGACGCGACAUUUACGUCCCAGCCUGGUGCCGCUGGUGGUGGUGGUGAUAGUGUCUCGAGAAUCUUUGAACCGGACCACUACGACUGCAAUGUCCCCGGGGAUGAGGACGCGUUGCAGGAGCAGAUCUUUGAGGGGAUUGAGUACCUCCGGAGGUUGAAUGAUACUGCCAGGAACGGGCCCGGGCCAGAGAAUUGUGGGAGGGUUAGUUGUAGUUGGAAUUCGGCUAUUAUUUGGUGUAAUAAUAAUGACUUUGAGAAGGAGCUUCAGUGGAGGGAUAUUGCUAAUGCGGCGGCGUAUGUUACUGUCAAGUGUGCGCUUGAUCAGACGGUGUACGUCAAAGGGCAUGGUGAGUAUACUAAGGAGGGGUGGUAUGUGGUGUUGCGGAGGGAUCGGUGCUGA